AUGUCUUCAGCAACAACAAUUUAUGAUUUUACUGUGAAGGAUGCAGAUGGAAAAGAUGUUUCGCUGGAAAAAUACCGGGGUAAACCAUUGGUAAUUGUAAAUGUUGCAUCGCAAUGUGGCCUGGCGAAUUCCAAUUAUACUGAACUCAAAGAACUGAUGGAACACUAUAAGAAUAAAGGUUUAGCAAUAGCAGCUUUUCCGUGUAAUCAGUUUGGUGGACAGGAACCAAAGUGUGAAUUGGAAGUGAAAAAUUUUGUUGCUGAAAAAUUUCAUUUCGAACCUGAUUUAUAUGGCAAAAUUAAUGUCAAUGGUGAAAAUGCAGCACCACUGUUCGAUUUCCUGAAGCAUGAAAAGGGUGGAUUAUUUGGUGACAGUAUAAAGUGGAAUUUUACAAAAUUUCUAAUUGACCGGGAAGGACAUCCGGUGAAGCGUUAUGCACCGACAACUUCACCUAAACGUAUGAUGAAAGACAUCGAUGAUCUUCUCAAGAAGUGA